AUGAUGGCAUGGGUUUGCCUUAAUCAGCGUAUGUUCCCAACAGAUCAGGAGGUACUUUCGUUCCUCCUAAUGAACAUGAAGGACACAGCAGGAGCAUGGGCGCACCCCCACCUCGACCAACUAGGGUCCCACAGGGCCAUCAUCCAAACGGUCGAAGACUUCAGGAGGGAAUUCCUGGCGGCAUUUGGGAACCCGGACGCCACAAGGGCCGCGGAGCGGCAAAUUACCCACCUUACUCAGACAGGUACCUGUGCUGAGUACAUUACGAAAUUCAGGACCAUUGCCAUGGAUCUGGAUUGGAACAACGCUGCCCUCCGUGGGCAAUUCGCCCGAGGCCUCCACUGGGAGGUCAGCCGACUCAUUGCCACUCGAGAACGGCGCCCAACCACCCUCCUGGAGCUGCAGAACGCGGCCCUGGUCAUUGACAACGCCCUCCACGAGGAGCGUGCCAGCCACCCGCCCAAGGGUAGUAAGUCUGGAACUUCCUCCACCCCCAAUAGGGGGGCGAGUACCGGCCAACAGGCCACAAGACCAGGACGCCUUUCCAGUGAUCCCAACUUUGUCUCCGAGGAGGAGCAAAACCGCCGCAGGGCUGAAGGCUUAUGCAUCAAGUGUGGCAAGGCAGGUCACAAGUUCGCGGAAUGCCGCACAGGCUGGAAGGCCACGCCUAAGGAGGAAGGCGCCAAGAAAGAAGCCGCCAAGAUUGGCGAAGAAAUAUCCCCACUCUUCACCAUUUCUAUUACACCAGAGAAACAAGCGGAAAACCUAGAAGUCCUGAUAGAUUCAGGCGCCACUUCCUCAUUCCUACACCCCCAUACCACGGAGCUACUCCGCCUCCCACUCAUUGAUCUCCCUACACCCCGUACCGUUACUAUGCUCGAUGGGUCGAGCCCCCAGGCAGGCAAAAUCUGGAAAAAGGCAAUCCUGACCUUCUCCUUUGAUGGCAAGAAAAUGACAGAAACCUUCCUUAUAUGUAAUACAGGGUCUCAUGCUGCCAUCUUGGGGUUGAAAUGGUUGGAUGCCCACAACCCGGAGAUUGAUUGGAAUAUGCGCACCCUUACCUUUCCUCAUGCUACCCCUGAACAUGUGGCCAUUGCCCAGGAAGAAGAAGCAGACAAGAACCCCCUUGAAGGAGUACCCUCCGAGUACCAUCAAUACGCCAAGGUAUUUGGAGAAGAAGAAUUCAACAAGCUUCCUCCACACCGGCAUUACGACAUUGGAAUAGAACUCACGGAAGAAGGCCCCCUUAACUCUCCCCUUUACAGUAUGACAGACGCCAAGUCCGCCACACUCAAGGACUGGCUCAGGGAUGAGUUGAAAGCUGGGAAGAUCCGUCCUAGCAAAUCCUCCAUUAGUUCACCGGUCAUGUUCAAAAACGUAUACCCGCUUCCCCGUCCAGAUGACCUCAUGGCCCAGCUCCGUGGUGCCAAGGUCUUCACCAAGCUAGACUUACGAUGGGGAUACAACAAUGUGCGGGUAAAAGAAGGUGACAAAUGGAAAACCGCAUUCCAAACCAAGUACGGUCUCUACGAAUCCCUGGUCAUGACUUUCGGCUUAACAAACGCCCCAGCCGCUUUUCAACACUUUAUGAACGAACUAUUCAAAGAUUUGUUGGAUGUAUGCGUCAUCAUCUACCUUGAUGAUAUCCUGAUUUACUCAAAGGAUGACGUAUCCCACACGAAACACGUUCAUGAAGUCCUAAAACGGUUAAUGGAUAAUCAGCUGUUCUGCAAGGCAUCCAAGUGUACAUUCCACGUUACCUCUGUGGAAUACCUGGGAAUCAUUGUCUCCAAUAAGGGUUUUAGUCUGGAUAAGCUCAAAAUCCAGGCGGUACAGGAAUGGCCGGUACCCACUAAAGUCAAGGAAGUCCAAUCGUUCUUAGGGUUUGCCAAUUUCCUUCGCCAAUUUGUCGCCAACUUCAGCCACAUGGCUAGGCCAUUACACAACCUAGUCAAGAAAGAUACACCUUGGAGAUGGGACACAAAGGAACAGGAAGCAUUCCAAGGACUAAAGGAUGCCAUUACCAACGCCCCUGUACUCUGUCACGCCGACCCUGCCAAGCCCUACUUCCUAGAAACGGAUGCUUCUGGUGCAGCCUUAGGUUCCAUUCUUAGCCAACAACAGGAAGACGGCCGCUUACACCCACUAGGGUUCCUAUCGGAGUCUUUCAAGGGUGCCGAACAGAAUUAUGACACCCACGACAAGGAACUCCUGGCCAUUAUCCGGUCGUUUGAAUAUUGGCGCAUCUUCUUGGAAGGAACCCUGCACCCUGUAACAGUCUUCACUGAUCAUUGGAACUUGGAAUACUGGAAGGAGUCUAGAACUUUCAAUUGCCGCCAUGCAUGCUGGCACCUCCUCCUGGCUGGUUACAACUUCCAAAUUGUGUAUCGCCCGGGCAAACAGUCCGGCAAACCAGAUGCCUUAUCCCGGCGAUCAGACCAUGCCGACGUCCCACCUGCUGCCCAGACCAUGCUCCCAGACCCUAUCUUUGCCAACGUCGCACUAGUUCUACCAGAAAAGGAGUUACAACAGCGUAUAGAGUUGAGUCUGGAUCAAGACGAAUCCCUGGAAGAAAUCCUACAGUUCCUGCAGAAUGAAUCCAAGGCGCCCCCAUCCAUCAAACAAGCAUUCAAGGACUACCAGAUGGAAGCAGGAUUACUCUUCUACCAAGGACGGAUUGUGGUCCCUGACGUCGGGACCCUACGUACGGAUUUACUCCAAAUCUUCCACGACAGCCCAUUGGCAGGACACCCAGGCAGGCAACGGACCCUGGAGCUAAUCUCGCGCAACUACUAUUGGCCAGGCAUACGCGCGGACACAUACUGGCACGUAGACUCCUGCGAGACCUGCCAAAGGAUUAGGAAACCCAAAUACGCGUCAAUCCCACCACAGCCAUUAGAACUCCCUGUACGCCCAUGGCAACACAUUUCCUAUGAUAUGAUUGUUGAUCUGCCAAAGGACGGGGCCUAUGACUCCAUAUUAGUUAUCGUUGACAGCUUUACCAAAUACGUCAUAUUGGUAGAAUGUUCCAAGAAACUAAAAGCCCCUGAACUAGCGGAAUUGUUCUUGCGACACGUCUGGAAAAAGUACGGAAUGCCGGAAAAAACAAUCUCAGACCGUGGAAGAGUAUUCAAUAACAAGUUUCUGAAGGCGUUGUACCAACGACUAGGCAUAGACCCGCACUUCUCCUCCGCUUAUCACCCCCAGAGCAAUGGACAGACAGAACGGGUGAACCCCUCCGUAGAACACUUCCUAAGAGCAUACUCCGGCACUAACCAAAGGGACUGGGUCAAAUGGUUACCAAUGGCAGAAUUCGCCUACAACAACGCAGUACAUAGUGCCACGGGGAAGUCACCUUUCAAAGCGCUCCACGGAUGGGAACCAACCUUAACCCCUUCCAACAUUCCUACGGACGUGCCAGAGGCCGAUGAACUGGCGGAAGCCAUGGAAGCACAAUGGAGAGAAGUCAAAUCCGCCCUCCGGCAUUCUAAACAACGGAUGGUAGCCGGAGAACACGGAAGCCCAACAGAGUUUGAGGUUGGAGAAGAAGUAUGGCUUGAUGCGAAAAACGUUAAACUCAAAACCUUAAGCCCCAAGCUAACGGAACAACGCUUAGGACCAUUCAAAGUCAUGGAAAAAAUCUCCAACCGCGCUUACAGGCUAGAACUCCCACCAACCAUGCGCAUCCAUAACGUAUUUUACGUGGGAUUAUUGUCUAAAGUCAAAAGGGACAACAAACGGGCCUUCAAGAACCGUCCACCACCAGUUACCGUGGAUGGGGAAGAAGAGUACGAGGUUGAAGGAAUAACGGAUGCAGAGGAACGCAACGGAAAAUGGUUCUUCCGAGUCAAAUGGAAAGGCUAUGGCCCCGAGGAGAACACAUGGGAACCUCGAGAGAACCUGAAAAAUGCGGGAAAAAUUUUGAAGAAAUACAAGGAAGACAUGAGAAAGAAGGCCCUCGGCGCUGCCAAGGCCCUUAAGGGGGGGGCAGUGUCGUAG